AUGGGCAGCAUCUGCACGUAUGGGGAGACUGCUGAAUCUCUACAAAUAUCCACAGAUUUGAAUAAUUGUGUGAAGUGUCCUGAAAGUCACUAUUCAAACACAGAGCAGAACCACUGCCUCCAGAGAGCUGUGCCAUUUCUGUCCUAUGAAGACCCCUUGGGAAUGGCACUCACCUGCAUGGGCCUGGGCUGCUCUCUAGACACAGCUGGUGUUCUUGCUGUCUUUGUGAAGCACCACAACACUUCCAUUGUCAAGGCCAACAAUCAGGCUCUCACUUACAUCCUGCUCAUCACUCUGAUCUUCUGCUUCCUCUGUCCAUUGCUCUUCAAUGGCCAUCCCAACACAGCCACCUGUAUCUUUCAGCAGAUCACAUUUGCAGUUCUGUUCACAGUGGCUCUCUCCACUGUCUUGGCCAAAACUCUCACUGUGAUUCUGGCAUUCAAGGUCACCAUUCCAGGAAUAAGGAUGAGGUGUCUGAUGAUAUCAAGAGCCCCUAACUUCAUCAUUCCCAUCUGCACCUUCCUUCAGCUUGUACUCUGUGGAGUUUGGCUGAGCACCUCUCCUCCCUUUAUUGACUCAGAUGCUCACGCUGAACAUGGCCAUAUCUUCAUUGUUAGCAACAAGGGGUCAACUGUCAUCUUCCACUGUGUCCUUGGAUACCCCUGCCUCUUGGCACUUGGGAGCUACACUAUGGCCUACCUCUCCAUGAACCUACCUGACACAUUCAAUGAAGCCAAGUUCUUGACAUUUAGCUUGCUGGUGUUUUUUAGUGUAUGGGUCACAUUCCUCCCUGUCUAUCAUAGCACCAAGAGGAAGGUCAUGGUGGCCGUGGAAAUGUUCUCUAUCUUGGCUUCCAGUGCAGGCCUCCUGGGCUGCAUCUUUUCCCCCAAAUGCUAA